CGACGAAUUGACAAGCGUCGCGAGAGAAGGAUUGAAACUGAUUUCCCCCCGACUUCUCCAGAGACCUGGAGGUCUCAGUGGUGCACACCACCGCAGUCUCAAAAGAACUCUCAACAUUCGCGCGCGAGAGAGACCCCCCGCAGCAACAGGCGAGAGGUCGUUUUCCUCUUAAAUUUGAAGCUCUCUGUCAUGGUGAGAAUCGCCUUUUCCACAACCUCGUCAGCUGACGUCUGUGAACCUUCCCUGCACUCCCCCUUCUUACCCUGGCCGGAUGAUAUGAUCGACUGAUCACCGAUUCUUCUUAUUCUAGAUGGGGACGACCUCGCGGCGGGCAGGCUUCUCCGGCUCGGCGCCGCUAGAGGCUGAACAAGCCUGGAGCUGGAAAGAGAGGAGGAAGCCUCAUCCUGUGCUGUCCAUGUCGAACUUCGUUACAUCCGUGUCUCUCCUUUCCUCGUCGCUUCUUCAUUCUCCAUCAUCAUCAUCAUCUUCUGAUUCUUUAUCCCCGUCUUCUUCUUCUUCAUCUCCUUCUUCUUCUUCUUCAUCAUCUCCUUCUUCUUCUUCUUCAUCAUCUCCUUCUUCUUCUUCAUCUCCUUCUUGUUCUUCUUCAUCUCCGUCUUGUCUUCUUUUUCGGUCUUCAUCGCCGCCGUCUCCCCGUCAGGUCCCUUCGUCUCUUGUUUUCUUGGUUGCCUCCUCUUCGUCUGUUUCCUCGGCUUCGUCGCCGCCUCCUGCUGCUGGCGUCUCGCGCAGUCUCGCGUCACGGGUGAGGCCAACGUGCGUCGGCUGUCGCUCGUUUCCUUUUCGCUGGCCGAAUUCGGCUGCCGGGUCUCUGGCCAGGCGUCGGGCUUCUCCUCUCCUCUUUUGUCUCUUCCUCCGGUUCUCCCUCUCCGUUUCCUUCGCAUUGUCCCUCCUUCGCUGGCUGGCGUCUCUCUGCUGCUCGCUCUGUUUCUUCUCCGUCCUGUCCGUACGCCUUCGCUUCCGGCGCGGCUUCGCGUCUGUCGAGGAAGAUGGACGAAGAGCUGUUCAUGCCCGAGAGCCUUCUCGACUGCACGUUCGCGCUGUGCCAGGAUCCACCGGAAGGAUGCGCCGCGUCUCCUGUCUCUUUAAAACUGUCUCCGGGUACUUGUGUCUUUCCUUGUGUCUCUGUUUCCCCCCAACGUUUGCUCCGGCCUCUGCUGCGAGCUUGCGGGAGCGUUCACUGCAUCCGUUCUCUUCCUCGUCUCCUCCGUGCUUCUCCUCCACUGCGUAUCGCUCCUCGUUCUCAGUUGUCUCCGCUCCCUUGCCGAUCCCUGCCUCCUCGUUGCGCCGCUGCCCGCCAACGAAGCGUCGCCAUUCUCCCUUGGCCUUUCAGGAGCUUCGCCUCGCUGUGCCGCGCCUCGCGUCUCCCGUCGUCCAAAGGAUUUCCUCCUUGUCCUUGCCGCUCCUCUCGAGCAUGCCUUCGUCGGCCUCCCUCGCCUCAGGGGCGUCGUGGUUUCCCUCUCGACAACGCAUCCUCAGAGACAACUGCAGACCUCGUUCUCUUGUGCCCUUCUCUGCUGCUGCGUUCCUCUCUUCCUCGUCUGUGGCGUCGCCUUCGUCUGCUCCUACGCAAGUACACUGCGCGACUUUCUCGCCGUUCCCAGAGGGGCCGCAGCAACGGAGUGACCCAGUCGGUGUACCUCGACCUUCUUCGCCUCAUAGAGUCUUCGGGCAGGGAGACCGUGGAGAGGCGGCUGAGGAGUCUGCGGAAGGCUCUGCAGAAGACGAUCCACUUGCAGAAGUGGAUGCGUACCUCGACAGUCUGGAGCGCGAAGAGACGCGCCGCAUUCGAGGUCGAGCGCGGCGCAGGAAAGCAGGCAAGGACUGUCUGGUGAGAGCUGUUACGCCUGCGUCGUCGCUUGAAGAGAACGCGUUUUUCUCCUUCUCUUCUGCGCAAGAGGCUUCGGCCUCUGCGGCGGACAUGGACUCGCCUUCUGCCUCGUGUGACGGUUCUUCCAGCGAGCAGACUGGAGAUCCGAGUUCGCGGCAUGCGCGAGAAGGUGCCGCGACGGCCUCGAGUCGCAGGGCGGCGACGCGGGCCAGCGCCGGAGACGAAGGCCUCGUCUCCAGAAGAGCUGAAGAGCUGAUCGGCGACGCUGCAGCUUGGGGAGAAGUGACUGUGGACCGAGAUGAAGAACUCCCGUCACCGCUCGACGAAGGCUUGCUCGCGAGACAAGCCAGCGCUGUGUUGGAGCUGCUGGGGCUCCGGGCCUUUUCUGUCUCCGUACACUUUCUCGACGCGGAGAAAAUGACGCAACUCAACCGAGCGAAGAGAAAUACAAAUGCGCCGACAGACGUACUCGCCUUCCCCUCCCGGUCGCCGACAGUGUAUCGCCGUUUGCGGUCGUUCCUCACUCAGUUGUCUCUUCCACGACAGAGCGAGAGGGGAGAGAGCGGCGACGUAGCGACGCCUGCGAAGGAGACCUCCGAGGACUGGGAAGCGUCCUCGACUCUCAUUCCUCUCAGAAGUCCCGCGGAUCUGAGUCUCGGCGAGGUUUUCUUCUGUUCCAGUGCAAUUCAGGACGCGAUUGACGCAGACAGACGCGAAGCGGAAAUACUUGCAGAAAGCGGCCGCCCCUGCGUUCAUCUUGGAAGCGGCAUCAAAGACCUCUUGAAACCGCGACUGUCCGUCCCCGAGCGCCUGCCGCUUCUCUUCAUCCAUGCAGUGCUGCACCUGCUGGGCUUCGACCACGAGGAAGAAGGAGACGCGAGGGAAAUGGAGGCUGUGGAGGCGGCGCUGUUUGCGCGAUUUCUCAGACAAGCUCAGCCGCGAGGUUUGCUGCAGGGCGGCGGACCUGCGGCGCCGCACUUUCUCCUUGGAACUGGUCUGGACGUUUGCUCGAUUUCGCGCAUGCAAAGAUUCCUCCUCCGCCAGCUGCGACCCGAUCUCGAGAGGGCGUCGAAGAGCUCUUUCGUGGAAGUGAGGACGCAAGAGAAAAACGCCGCAUCCCCGAAGCCGGUGAGCAGCUUCGGACAAACAGACGAGACGGAGACACGGCCUCUUGAAAAGCAAGUGAAGGACGGCCCAAACAAAGAAACCGCGUCUCCGGGAGAGGCUCCAGUCUCCGCGUCGGAAAUAAGAGUCUCCCAGGAAAGGCCAAUCGGCGACCCCGUGGGGUGUAUCUCCACCCGACGCCUGAAGCGAGCGCUGAACCGGAUUCUGACGCCCUUGGAAAUUCUCGAUUUCCAGAGGCGGUUUGGCGGCCUCUGUGAACUUCUUGACGCUUCCUGGCCCGGGCCAAAGUCUGCGUUGAGUGUGCAGGAGGAAGGGAGGAACCUGAGAAAGCGCGCGAGGAAAGCUUUUGAGGGAGAAGAGGCGAAGAAAGCGGCGGCGACGGAGCCGCGAAGAGGAACGGUCGCAGCGCGCGAGAGAGAGGAAACGAGAGCGCUACAGAGGGAGUGCAGCGAGAAAAACAGUGAGAACAUGGGGAAAGAAAACGACACCGAUCUGUCUCGGACUCUGCGACGCGCCUCAGCGUUUCUAGCGAAACGCUUCGCCGCCAAAGAGGCUCUUGUGAAAGCCAUGGGAGGAGCGGGACUCCGACAUCUCUCGAGUCAGGGGAUUCGCAUGCGCGACAUCGAGAUAUUCCAGGGGCUCAAUGGCCAGCCACUGGUGCGCCUUCUCGGUGAGGCUCUAGCGCUCCAGCAACAAAAGCGAAUUUCGAAUCUCUUCGUUUCCAUCACUGACGAAGGCGACAUCGCCAUGGCUUCCGCCACAGCCGUCGGCACGUGACACCCUCAAAAAAUAAAAAUAAAUUUAAAACUUUUUUUUAAAAAAACACUGGAAACUCCAUGGUCUCCCAGCCCCUCCGUGGAAAAAAACCUGUUUUUCUCUUACGUACAUAUAUAUAUAUAUCUA